AUGCGGGAGCUCAGGAUUGCAGCAAGGGAUGGCUCAGCACUGCUGCGGUGCCCGUGCUGGCUGCCAGCCCCAAGCGUGAACCCCUUCACCCUGGCCAUCUCUGCCCGGGAGAAGGCUGGCACGGCCGUCACCCAUGUCACGGCAUUCAAUCCCAUGGGAUUGGGUAGAGAGGUGUGGCAGGACCUCCUGCAGGAUGGCAGGCUGGAUUCACCCACCGGUAAAAGCAGGCCGACAGAGAAAGGGGAGGUGAUAGCAGCAGCAGUGUGUGCCAGCUGCAGGGUGCCUGCCCAUGGGCACAAGACACUGGAGUUGGCCCUGGCUUGGGACAUGCCCCGUGUUCACUUUGGCUCCAAGGAGAAGCUGCACUUGAGGCGGUACACCCGGUUUUUUGGCAGUGAAGGCAAUGCCGCUCCUCCCCUGUCCCAUUACACCCUGACACACUACGAGGAGUGGGAGAGGAAGAUCGAAGCCUGGCAGAAUCCCAUCCUGGAGAAGAGCCAGCUGCCUUCCUGGUACAAGUCGGCUCUCUUCAAUGAGCUCUACUUCAUGACGGAUGGGGGAACCGUGUGGAUGGAGGUGCCCCCUGAUUGCUGUGCCGAGGACCUGCAGGGGCCAGCGGGGGCAGGACUCUCCCACCUCCUCCCUGUGCUGCGGGAAUACGGAAGGUUUGCUUAUUUGGAAGGCCAGGAGUACCGGAUGUACAACACCUACGAUGUCCAUUUCUACGCCUCCUUUGCUCUCAUCAUGCUGUGGCCCAAGCUGCAGAUCAGCCUGCAGUAUGACAUUGGGCAGACACGUGCAGCUAUUUGCGGACUCCCCGUGGGAGAUGGGCCACAGGCCAUUGCUCCAGGCUGAGCAGGGUCCUGCUGACCUGCACCAGG